ACAAUGAUUAGCGAUUAAGGGUAAUAGUGGGGCGUAAACAUGCCUCUCUAGUUGUCGUCUAGCUAUAAAUACCGGAACCAAUAUUGUGUGGGACUGUGGGAGUCGGCGCCGUUUUCUGCGCGUACACUAACACGGAGCAUCCUUCGUUAAUCCUCUUCGGGCUCCGGUCCUCUUGGUCGUCUCCGUGUGUAGCAUGAAAACCAUGUUAGCCAUUAUCUCUAACGCACUGUGCAGGAUGACCGGCAGGAAUGCGGGAGCCCAAACAGUGUCUGAGGGAGCCAGAGUUGUUGUCUCCCGCUCCUUCGCUGACUUCACACCCCAGGCGACCUUUGACAUCAAGGAUCACUGCAGAGCUGGAAAGGGUCCCAUCAUAAUGGAGCUGCAGACCUACCGUUACCAUGGACACAGCAUGAGUGACCCAGGUGUCAGCUACCGUACCCGCGAGGAGAUUCAGGAGGUCCGCAGCAAGAGCGACCCCAUCUCCAUGCUGAAGGAGCGCAUGCUCAGCCACAACAUGGCGUCUGUAGAGGAGUUCAAGGAAAUCGACAUCGAGAUCCGUAAGCAGGUGGAGGAUGCGACUCAGUUCGCCACCUCGGACCCGGAGCCGCCGCUGGAAGAGUUAUGCAACCACAUCUUCUCCAACAACCCGCUGCUGGAGGUGCGCGGGACAAACCCCUGGUCCAAGCUCAAGUCUGUCAGCUAGACUCGGACCACACACUCAACCUUUAUCCCUCACACAUUCAGCACCUUCCCCCUCGACUUUAGGUCUCAGCACCUUCUCGGGACUUUGAGGUUUUUCCUUGAAACCUGUCAGUGUUAUUUAUUUAUAGUUUACUGUAUAACUGUGAGAUAUUAUUCGUGGUGGAGUCAGAGGUGUUGGACAGGAUAAACAUGCUGCACUGUAAACGCACAAAUCCCAACAUCUGACAUGGAAACGUGUCUGUUAGAAACCUUCUCCAUGUUUAUCCUGCAUUUUAAACCCUCAGGAGAUUUUUAAAUGUUCCAAACUUGUGUAGAUAUUCCCUCAGACGUGUGACUUUAAACUUGGGAAAUGCAAAUGUGAUGGAUUGUUCUGAUAGUAAAACGCCUUUAAUGAGGAGUCGCAGCCUGAGCUUCAUUCCAGAGCAGUCCUCAUCUGAAGCAGGUUCAGUGUCCAGGAUAAGGACACAAUAUCAGUGUAUGUAACCAUAAAAUGGCUCUAAAAAUGUGUUUAUAAGCUGAAGAUGAAAGCAAGACUUUAGCUGCUUGACUCGACUACUGACAAGACAAACAUCCGGACUUGUGUGGGGAAACUGAAGCUGGCAACUGGAUGCACUACAUUUGAGACUUUCUGGGCACUUUAUGAAUUUAAAGGAGUCUGUUAUAAGAUCUUUCCUCUGUGUUCUUUAAAGUUUACUGUAUCUGAGCCUGUACAGAUAUAAAGCUUUCUUAUUUACCUGUCUGAAUGGUGGAAACUGAAGGUUGUGAAAUAAAACGACUUUAAAGCAAA